CCCCACAGUAAACACGGAAGUAGCUGAGCUGCAGCGUCGGUUCCCUUAAACAGUUUGUUCUUGAGAAGGUUCACAGACGCCACCGGGAUUCAAACCCUGCACCGUGAGCACAGAACUGACCGGGGGUCAGUGCCGCAGAGCGGGAUGGAGAAGUGGCUGAUGUUGGCGGUGUCGCUGAGUCUGGUCGGGGUUCAGGUGAACUGCAGAAGACUCACUAACGCACAGAUUUGGGGUUUUGACUGGAAGAACUGUGGGAAGCCUGAUGAUCCGGCCGUCCUCAAGGCUCUGGCCUUGUCCCCGGAUCCCAUCGCCAUCCCAGGAGACCUGACGGCCUCGGCCUCUGGAGCCACAUCUGUGGAACUGGCUGCUCCUCUUUCUGUGAACGUGACCCUGGAGAAGGAGGUGGCGGGCUUCUGGGUGAAGGUGCCCUGCGUGGAUGAGAUAGGCAGCUGUCACUACCAGGACGUCUGCGAUAUUCUCAACCAUCUGAUCCCACCGGGUCAGGACUGUCCUGAACCGCUGCACACAUACGGACUGCCCUGCCGCUGCCCCUUCAAAGCCGGCUCGUACUCUCUCCCUCAGUCCAACUUCGACCUGCCCGACGUGGAUCUGCCGUACUGGCUGACCAACGGGAACUAUCGGGUGCAGGGCGUCCUGGGCGGCGGGGGCAAAGAGCUGGGCUGCCUCAAACUGGCUCUGUCCCUUCACUCCAACUGAACAACGACCCGGAGCAACAGGAGGCGUGAGGGGAGAGUUUGGUUUGUUUGUUUGCACGAAMAAAAAAAAAAGAAAUUGGGAAAUGAAAGCAGAAGUCCUGCAACUGAUAAAACCAGAUAACAGACACACGUUAUACAUUAACCCGCAGAACCACAAGAGUCUAUAAAGUAUGGUACGAAACAUAGAUUCUGUUUUUACGCACAAAAACAAGUUUUUCCUGUUUGUUGAAUUCAUCUGAGCCAUCAAACCUUUUUUUAUUAAGCUUCAUUUACCUGCUACAAACUCCAAAAUAACGUUUCUCCAAGAAAGAAAAACCGGAGCUGAUUUGAGGUGACAAGACGUUUUAUCCAGAUGUUUGUGGAUAAUUUAGAAUAAUUCUGGUGAAGCGAAAGCUCAGAGGAAUCUCGUGGUUUGCAUCUGAUCUGCCUAAUCUUGUGCCAAAAACUGAGAUCUCUGCAGGCAUGAGCAUAUUUCUGUUGUCUGCAAAGGAGAAGAGGAGCCUGACAGAUUAAUACUUUUCAAAAUGCCCAAUACAAAGUAGAUCUAAACACAAAAUCUAAAAUAGAACUCGUCAGUCAAGAGGAAAUUGAAAUGUAAAAAUUGAAAUGUUUAAACAUGGAACAAGGAACCAAGAGUAAAAGGGAACCAAGACAUUUAAAUUAACUCAACAGCUGCAGAGGUGACGUUCGAGUGUUGAACUUUUAUUUUAGCUAAUUCUUGCACUGUGUCUGUUUUGAUUCAAAAUGUAUAGAAAGUAAAAUCUUUCCAUGUGAGCUGUUUAAUUCAGCUCCCAUCAAAACCAAUGACAACCAGACCAUAACAAACAUUUACCUAUGUAAAGAUUUGAAACCUCUGGGUUUUAUUUAAUAAAGUCGCAAUAAAGCUUCACACCUUUGUUUUCAGAUCCUCUUUGUCGUCGACUGAUUUUUCUCUGUAGUUAAAAAAUAAGGAUGUUUCUGAUCCUGUUUGAGUAACAUGAGAUACUGAGGUGCGACCAGGAGAGGGCGAUCUUCUCAUGUCUUCAACCCACAGUGCCUUUCUGCUGCAGCUCAGUCACAUCGAGCUUCACUUCUUCACUUUGAGGAUAAACAGAACUCAAACAUUAAUAAUUAGAAAUAAUAACGACGCUCCUCAGGUUGGUCAAAAAUGUUUUUAAAAAAAUUUAUUUUUUUUUGCUGUAAAACUUUGAAUUUGUCCAUUUUGUCUGAAUGUAAAUCAAACGUAGUCGUUCUGUUGCUUUUCAAAAUCAGAACUUUAACAUGUUCAUUUGUGCUUUUUCAUCUGAAUGUGAAGAUUCUUUACUUAAAUAGUUGCAAUCAAGAUUUAUGUUGUUUUAAAACGAUGAGUCAAAGUUUAUUUUUAGUUGAUGGUGAUUUUAAAUGUGAUUUUCUACUCUGCUGAUGAUAAUGGAGUCACAGAUUUUAAUAAAGCUAAUGACAGAU